CACAUGCAGUAAACAAUUACUCAGUGGCAAGCAUCACCUCGGCAUUGCAAAGUUUGUGAUUCUAUUUUUUCAAAAUGUUAACUGUAAUAGUUUUCACCGUGAUUUCGGUGUUCUUCAUAUACAUUUGGCAGUGGCGUCGUCGGCUAUGUCGUCCAUUUCGUUCCAUCCCGGGUCCUGCCGGACUGCCACUUGUUGGGAACAGUCACCAGUUCCUUGGCAAAACAUCGACCGACAUUUUCCAUUUGUUGACCGAACUGGAGCAGCAGUACGGAAGCGUGUUCAAAGUGGACGUGGCUAGUGCAUUCUGGUUGUUCUACAUGGCACCGGAGGACGUUGAACGUAUCAUGACCGGACCGGAGUUCAACUGCAAAAGCGACGAUUACGACAUGCUGCUCGAGUGGCUGGGAACUGGACUGCUGAUAAGCAACGGGAACAAGUGGUUCACGCAUCGCAAGGCAUUGACACCGGCGUUCCAUUUUAAGAUUUUGGAUAAUUUUGUGCAAGUUUUUGACGAAAAAAGUACAGUGUUGGCUCGGAAGUUCUUGAGUCACUCUGGG